UAAAACCAUCCAAGUAAAAUGUAGCAAAGGAGAUGGCUUCAAGGGUUGACAUCCUGUUAGUUUUUUUGGUUUGCUUUCUCUUGCUCAGCCACGGUGAGGCUGAAUCAACAUCUGAGUUAUCAAGAAAGCUGGAAGAAUUACAAUUUGAGCAGCAACUUACAAAUCUAAAGAAGUCUGCAAUCAAAAGCAUUCAUGAAGGCAAAGACAUAUACGACUGUAUUGAUUUCUACAAACAGCCUGGCUUUAAUCACCCUUUUUGGAAGAAUACUACACUUGAGAUGAAGCAUAGAUUAUUUAUAGAAGUAAUGAAAACCAAAGUGAAUUUACCAUUAGGUAUUGGUCUAAAAGAUGGGGGUUGUCCUUAUGGAACAGUUCCGAUUAUGAGAAUAGAUGAAGAUGAUUUGGCAAGAGCCAAAAUGAAUUCAAAGAUAUAUCUAUCAAAUACAAAUGAAGAACCUGGACAUCAUUAUGCAAUACUUCGAACAAAACCUGAUCCAACUAGGAAGAUCAAUGGAAUUCAAGCAUCCUUUGAUGCUGUCAACACCAAAGGAGUUGAUGGAUCCCAAUAUAGUUCAUUUCGUAUGAUGCUUUCAAAUGGCCCUGACAGCAUAAAAACAGGAUUGACGGUAAACCCAGCACUAUUUAAAGACAACAAAACUCGCCUAUUUACACAUGUUGUGAUGGAUGGAAGAACACAAUGCUUUAAUCAGCAAUGCCCGGCAUAUAUACAACUCAAUUCUCAAAUACCUUUAGGUUGGCCAGUCGAUAAUACUUCAACUAUCGGGGGAGACCAAUAUGCCGUUAAAUUGCAAGUCAUUAAGGAAUAUAUAAGUACAGGGCCAAAUUCAAAACAAUUUGUAUGGACAUUACGAUUUGAACUAGAGAAUACCAUACUUGGUUUUUGGCCAACAACAAUAUUUAGUAGAUUAAGUGAGUUUGGUAAUCAAGUUGAUUGGGGGGGAGAGGUUUAUAGUCCAUUGGACCUGCCAAGUCCUGCCAUGGGUACUGGUAUUCCUCCUCGCAAGAACAAAGUGGACACAGCCUAUUCAACAUUUAGUUGGUUUGUUGCAGUUUCAUACCAAGACUCGCAAUCUAUAAUAUUCGAGAGUCCAAGCAAUACAGAGGUGUAUGAAUCUGAUCCAGAAGCAUAUAACAUUGUGGAUGUUGGAAACGUUGAUAAGUUUUAUGGAUAUUUGAUUGUAUAUGAUGGCCCUGGUGGAAUUAUAAAGAGCCAUUGAAUAUUGCUUUGA